AUGCGGAUUGUAUUUUUACUUUCAACAUUGUUGGCUACAACAUUGGCCUUCAAUUUACCCGGAGUGCCAACGGAAUUUACUGCAAAUGAUGCUGUCCUAUCUGCUGUAUCAGAUGAUAUUGCCACCAAAUUCGAAAAGGAAUAUAUAAACUACUUAAAGACCGGCGUUGAAUCGGCCGUUUUAAAACAAAUCUCAACACAGCUAUCUAAGGCCCAUAGCAAAAAGGAUAUUUUCGUUAAGGAAAUAAAUGAAUUGGGAGCAGCCGAUCAAUUCUUUGUUUGCACAACAUGUCGUGCCACUUUGAAUAUUGUUGCACGCACAUUCCGUGACCCUGAAGGUGAAUUAAACGGCCCCGACAAUAAACCAAUUAUGAAGAAAAUUGUUUUGGACAUUUGUGAUCGUUUGAAAAUCCAAACACAAGAAGUUUGUGAAGCCCUCUUUGAAUCACAUUGGGAUAUUGCGGAAUAUAUUAUUAUGAAUACCGUUAUCGAUUCGCGUGAAAUGUGUGGCCUUUUCAUGCAAUUUAGUUUCUGUAAUACGGGUCUACAUCCCAACUAUGAAUGGACUUUGGAUAUUGAUAACUCUGUGGCAGAGGCAACAGCACCCAAAUCAGAUAUUCCCGCCAAGAGCGAAAAAGAUUUGAAAAUUUUACAUUUAACUGAUAUCCAUCACGACCCAUGGUAUGUGGCUGGAUCAUUAGCAGAAUGUGAUGAACCGUUGUGUUGUCAACGUCAUAAGGAUGUUGCUGAGGGUACAACGAAGGCUGCCGGUUAUUGGGGUGAUUAUCGUGAAUGUGAUUUACCAUGGCAAACUUUAGAGAAUGCUUUCGAUCACAUUAAAAAGGAACAUAAAUUGGAUUAUAUCUAUCAGACGGGUGAUGUUGUCGAUCAUAUGGUUUGGGGUACAUCCGAUGAAAAGAAUGAAGAUGUCUACAGGGCGGUUAUUGAAAAAAUGUAUGAAGUAUUCCCCGAUACUCCAGUCUAUCCAACAAUUGGCAAUCAUGAAUCACAUCCAUUGAAUAUGUUCUCUCCCGACUACGUGCCCGAACAUGUAAACACCCGGAAAUUAUAUGAAGUUUUGUAUAAGAUUUGGUCGAAAUAUUUGCCAGAAGAUACAAAGAGCACCAUUUUGAAGGGUGGCUAUUAUACCACUUUGGUUAAGCCCGGUUUCCGUAUUAUUGCUGUCAAUAAUAAUGAUUGUUAUACCGAUAACUGGUGGAUAUUCCAUAAUGGUGCCGAUAUGAAGACACAAUUACAAUGGUUGCAUGAAGUUCUGCUGGAAGCUGAAAAAGCCAAAGAAUAUGUUCAUAUUUUGGCUCAUAUACCUAGCGGUGAUGGUACCUGCUGGAAUGUUUGGUCUCGCGAAUAUAAUCGUCUAAUUGCUCGUUUCCGUAAUACCAUCAGUGGUAUUUUCAACGGCCAUACUCACAAAGAUGAAAUGAAUGUUCACUAUUCGAAUGGUCAUGCUGUGGGUAUAUCAUGGAAUGGUGGUGCCUUGACCACAUGGACCUAUAAGAAUCCCAAUUAUCGUGUCUAUCAGGUGGAGCCAAGUAGUUAUCAAGUUGUUGAUCACGAAACCUGGAUUUUCAAUUUGACCGAAGCAAAUAAUGCUGGCCAAGGUGUAACCCCUAAUUGGAUUAAGGAAUAUACAUUUUCUGAGGAAUUCACCAACGUUUUAAGUCCUGCCUCAAUUGAUUCCUUCUUGGAUACCAUGGCCUCUAAUCCAGAUUUGGUUAGGAAGUUCUGGCGCUACAAAAUGACUUCUGCUGAUCCCAAAUUGGCUGAAGGUUGUGGAAAAACUUGUCUGCUUAAUACCCUGUGUCGCAUUGCCACCACUGUAAAUAAUCAAAGAACACGCUGUGAGGAACUGAAGGCAAUAUUAAGUGAUGCGAUCGACAAGGAAAAUAACGCCAGUUCAGAAGGUACCACCGCCACUACCACAGCUGGCACAACACCAAAACCUACAGUUUCGACCACAGAAUCGGCUCCAGGUACCACACCCGGCGGCGAUGGUGCCAUGUCAAUUACCGCCAUUAGUUUUACAACAUUGUUGGCUGCUAUCUUUGCCCUCAACAAUUUAUUCUAA